ACUCCUCCACACUGGACAGAACGAACAGGUUGUGGUUGUAGUGUGCUUGUGCUGGGUGAGGAGACAGACGUCGACGAUGAUGGCCGGCGGCGGAUCGGGGAGGUGCCUGUUCACGGCGACGCAGUGGCAGGAGCUCGAGCACCAGGCGCUCAUCUACAAGUACAUGGCCGCCGGCGCGCCGGUGCCACCCGACCUCCUCCUCCACCUCCGCCACCGCGCCGCCGCCGCCGCCGCCGCCGACGUCGACACCGUCCCCUCCCUCGCCUUCCCUCCCCAUCACCUGGGGUGGGGGUGCUAUGGCGCGGCGGCGGCGCAGUACGGGAGGAGGGUGGAGGACCCGGAGCCGGGGCGGUGCCGGCGUACGGACGGCAAGAAGUGGCGGUGCUCGAGGGAGGCGUACGGCGAGUCCAAGUACUGCGAGAAGCACAUGCACCGCGGCAAGAACCGUUCAAGAAAGCCUGUGGAAAUGCCGCCCCCCGCCGCCGCCGCCGUCUACCGCCCGUCCGCGCUCUCCAUCUCGCCGCCGCCGCACGACGCCGACGCGCCCAGCUACGGCGCCGGCGCCGGCGCUCCUCUCCAGCUCCACCUCGACUCCUUCCACGCCUCGACGUCGCCGCCGCCGUCCUACCACAGGUACGCGCACACCAGCAGCGCGCCGCUCUUCCCGUCGUCCGCCGCCGGCUACGGCGGCGGCUGGUCGUUGUCCAAGGAGCACUGCCUCACCCUCGGCGGCGCCGCCGCCGACCUGAGCCUCGACAAGCCGGCGGAUCACCACCACGACGCCACGUCGGCGACGACGGAGAAGCCCCUGCGGCGAUUCUUCGACGAGUGGCCGCGCAGCGACGACGGGAGGACGCCGUGGGACGGCACGCAGCUCUCCAUCUCCAUCCCCACCGCCGCCGCCGCGUCCCCCGACCUCGCCAUCGCCGGCGCCGCCUCGCGCUACCACAGCAACGGCGACCAUCUGCGGACGAGCGAGUGAUGAUCCGGCGAGUUUGGUUGCUGCAAUCCUCAGACGCAACGGCACAAGCAGACGAGUAGCAGCAUCGAUCAAUGUCAUUGGCUUGAUAACAAUUGUAUUAGCAUGCAUCAUGUCUUUAAUCUAAUUAAUCUUGAGUGGUUUGUUCGUCAGUGACAUCUUUUGUUUCACUGCUCGUUUUUACUUGAGUCUGUGAGCACA